AUGAAACGGUGCUUCAGAAUCAGGCGACUUAAUCUGCUAUCUCGAAAUCCAAAUAGGCAUAUUGCGGGCGAGCUUAAAAGUAGACCACAAGGGGCAUUGCUGAGUUUAACCAAGCUCCCUCGCAACUCGGGGAAUACGAGAAAGGAGCAAUGUCAAGUUGUGACUUUGCGAAGCGGAAAAACUGUAGCGGAAGAGAAGAAGGAACCAAGGAGGACUACUCUAGUUGCAAUGGAACUUCAGACCCCGUUGACACAAGAGGAACCAAAAGAAAAUGAGAUGAUGAAACCAGAAGUUGCGUCUACUUCUAAGCCUAUGGUACAGGGAACUAUGAAAGUACAGCUGCCACCAUUCUCUCAGAGACUUGAGAAGAAGAAAAAUGAUGAAGUGCAGUAUCAUCGCUUCAUGGACAUGUUAAAACAGUUACAUAUCAACAUCCAUUUCACUAAAGCGAUUGAACAAAUGCUCAAAUAUGCGAAGUUUUUUAAGGACAUGGUGAAAAAGAAGAGAAGCACAGGGAAGUUCGCAAUGUUGAAUGUUAGACAACUAGCGCCCACGACGGUGACUCUUCAGUUGGCGGACAGGGCCCUAGUUCAUCUAGAGGGGAAGGUGAAGGAUGUCCUGGUCUCAAUUGAAAAAUUUAUCUUGCCAGCAGACUCCAUCAUUCUCGAUUACAAAGCAGACAAGGAUGUACCCAUCAUAUUUGGACGAUCAGUUUUAUCCAUUGGUCGCGCUCAAAUUGAUGUGUACAAGGGAGAGAUCACGCUGAGUAUGAAUGGAAAGAAGCUCAGGAUUGUUUUAGGACAUGUAGUUUCUGAAAGGGGAAUUGAGGUAGACAAAGCUAAGAUAGAUGUUAUUGCUAACCUCCCUUAUCUUACAUUUGUUAGGGAGAUUCGUUCUUUUCUUGGUAGCACAGGUUUCUACAGGAGUUUCAUCAAGGAUUUUUGA